AUGUCGGUAAAAACAUCUAUACCCAUAAAGCAGGUUAUAAACCUCAUCUCCUCUUCGCCACCCCACCGAGUGCCAUCUCCAAGCAAUGAUUUGGUGUCCUCUCCGCUGUCUUCGCCGAGCUCAAAGUUGAAACAAUUCAGUAUGACAGGAGCUUCGUCAAAGGUGGGCAUUGCUCAAUCUCCGGAUAAAGGAAGGACUGAGGGUGAGGAGCCUUCGGUUUGGGAUGUAUCCAAUGAUGCAGUGGAAGACCAAGGAAAGGCUUCACCACCGACGUUACCUCCGGCGAGGAAGAAACGGGCGGUCAAGGCUACAGAAGAUCCGCCGGCAUCGAAAAAAUCGCGGACUCCCCACAAGACUAGGGAUAAUUCCAAAGUCGAGAGGAAGAAAAGGCCAUUGAAAGAUGGGAAGUUGAAGGCAAGGGUCGUCAAGAGUGCAACAGGACCCUCAAAGUCAAAGUACUUUGCAGAGCAACAGGAGGGAGAGCUUAGUAUAUCUGGACCGUCUGUAAAUGAUUCGAGUCCUUUUCUGGACAAUCCAGCUCUACAGGAUGUUUAUAGUAAGCAAAGUACACCUACACAAGAAUCGCCCAGCCAACAAUCAGCUCUAAAUCCUUCCAUACCUGUAAUACGACGGCAAUGGACGCCCGUUAAGAAUACGACUCUGAGCGUGGAUAGUCCAUCCCCAUUGAUGGGUGGUGAGGUCAGGAAGUCCAAAAGGUCUGCUUUCGACGAUAUGGUAGGGGUUAUGAGAUAUACGACAAAUUCACGCCAAAGCUCUCAAGAAGCUCUAGUCGGUAAGGAAGAUGUCAUCUUCGCUAACAGUCUAAGAAAUAAGAGGCCAUUGGAGAUAAUUGGUCUCCCAAGUACCGCUAUGAUAGCUAAGGAGAAACCAAUUAAGUUAUCAAAACAAAAACAGCCAAAGAAGAAAGCGAAAACAAUUACCGAACACGCUACAGCUCCGUUUCGUGAACCCGUAGAUUCUCCGAUACUAGCUUACUUCGAAAUAAAUGAAAGUGAAGAGACGGACCCGAAAAAGGUCUCACGGAAGCGUGGAUCUCCAGCGAUGAAGAAAAGAAAACCAAGCCCAGAAGUAGUUGUCCUUCUAAGCCCAACGAGUGCCAGAGAAAGAUUCGAUUCUCAGGAGUUCGUAUUUGGGACUUCCUCGCAAUUGGAGAAAAUAGGUGAUAACAAGGGAACUCACGAUAGCCAACUUCAAAUCGGAUUUGACGAUCAAGACGAUGAUUAUAAUCUCCCUCCACCCUCCACGUCAGUUUCUCGAAGAGGUUUUCUAAAAUCUCUUGCAAAAGAAAGGAAAGGUGGGAGCAUCUUCAGAGGAAAUGCAGGAAGUAACAAUAUCAGAUAUGAUGAAAGUGGGGUGAAGAUGACAACCAGUCGUGUGCGAGAGCAACCCCAUCAAAAUGCACUUGAGGGAAGGAGUCAGUUGGGUAAAAUGCGUCAAACAGCUAGUGGGCUGUGGGAUGCUGCAGCAAGGGAUCAUGAUGGCGAGCUGAUGUCUGCGGAGGUUGUCGACAUGACUGGUAUCGAUAAUAGUCGCCCAGAAUCGGAAAGAGGUGGGUGGAACGAAGUACGCACAGUUCGCGAGCUGCCAGGAGAUGAAAAUGUGACCACGGGGUCGAACCCCACUGGAAGACCGGUGUCCCAGAAUGACCCCCUAGAUUCGUGUCAUGGCCCUCACCGCGAGCCCUUGCUUAUUCAACAUGAGAGCAGCGGAAUUCAGAUGAUAGAGAGCUCGACGGAAACCCCGCACAUAGCAAUCUCAAGUUCCCGAGGUGUUACUGCAUCUCUUGAAAGGUCAACCAAAUCAGCCGGGGGUAUGACACCAACUGCCUCAGUUAGAACCAAAACGGAAAGAUCUACUGGUUGUGAAAAAAUGAAGCUUUUACCUCCAAUGCCUGAUUUUCUGUCACAUUCAACGGCUAGGCUUAAAUUAGAUGUAGCUAAGUGUGGCUACAAGGAUAUGAAGACGCGAGGCAAAAUGGUUUCAUGCCUGGAAACUAGCUGGGAAGCAAAGAACAAGGCCGCGACAGCACAACUUAUGCCACAGCAGCUCGAGGCCAACGCAGGACUAGUUCAAAAUACCGCUGAACUUUCUGAAAGGGGUCUUAGUGGGGAAGAAGCAGCACUGGUCUUGCAGGAUGCAGUAUCAACUGAAGUCGUAGCCAAGGGAGGGAGGAAUACCAGAAAGCCCAAGCGCAAAACUGCGUCUAAAAGCAAAAAACCUUCAAAGAUUUCGUCACAUGAUAGCGGAGAACCAGUCUCUGUCAAUCCCUUGGCAAGCGAUGUUCAUCGUCUUAUUUCUGAAGCGGUUCAGGAGUCUGGAAGAUUGCAUUCCGAAUUUUCGUUUUAUCAUGCAAUAUUGAUGUAUGAUCCCAUAAUUCUGGGGGAUAUGACAUUAUGGUUAAAUGGGAAAGAGGAGUUCAAAGGCUUGGGUGUUGAUGAGGAGGUGGUGAAGGUUUGGUGCGAGUCCAAAGGGAUUUGUUGUGCGAGGAGCGAAACUCAAGCCGGCAAAGAGAGAACUAGAAAAUAA